AUGGCACACAACCAGGAGACUCAAGCCAAGACCCCUGUCAUCAAGUUCAAGGGCCAAGACUUCAACUUCUUGCAGGAUCAUUGCCUAAGCAGAGGUCUUCUGUUUGAGGACAAGACCUUCCCUGCAGAGACUUUUUCCAUAGGUCUACAGCUGCUCCAGGGAAAAGAUCUCUCCAGCCUGAGGUGGAAACGGCCAAAGGAUAUAUUAGAAGGUAAAUCAGAACCUCACUUCAUCCUGGAAGGUGCCAGCAGAUUUGACAUCCAACAAGGAAAGGCUGGAGAUUGCUGGUUCCUGGCAGCACUGGGCUCCUUGACACAAAACCCACAGCAUCUGCAGAAGAUCCUGAUGGACCAAAGCUUUUCACGUCAUUAUGCAGGGAUCUUCCGUUUCCGGUUCUGGCAGUGUGGCCAGUGGGUUGAAGUGGUGGUUGAUGAUCGCCUACCUGUCCUGAACAGGGAAUACCUCUUUGUGCAGCCUUGCAACAACAACCAAGAGUUUUGGCCCUGCCUGCUGGAGAAAGCUUAUGCCAAGUUUCAUGGAUCCUAUCUCAACUUGCACUACGGCUUCCUUCCUGAUGCCCUGGUGGACCUCACAGGAGGGGUGGUCACUGGCAUCGACCUGCACUCCUUUCCUUCUGACCUGGUAAUGAUGGUGAAGACAGCAGCCAAGACAGGCUCCCUGAUGACCUGUGGCACCCCGGCCUCACCGACAGGUGAGGCCAGGAGAAUGGAGAACGGGCUGGUGAGUCAGCAUGCCUACACAGUGACUGGAGCUGAGCGGAUUCAGUACCGGAGGAGCUGGGAGGAUCUUAUCCGCCUGUGGAACCCCUGGGGCAAAACAGAAUGGAGAGGGCGCUGGGGGGAUGGGUCGCCAGAAUGGCAAGAAAUCCAUGGCCAAUGGAAAAGACUGCUGUAUGAGAAUAAGGACGAUGGCGAGUUUUGGAUGUCACGUCGAGAUUUCCAAGACAACUUUUCCUGCCUGUACAUAUGUAACCAAUUUCCAGUCAGUCUAAACCGUGGAAACUUGCCUCCUGAAAGAUGGUCCCAAAUGAUGUUUAGGAAUCGUGCAGUUCCAGGAAACACCACAGGUAAUGAUGACAUUGGACUUCUGAGGGACACGCAGUAUAUCUUCUCUGUGCCGGAGAGCAUGGAAGACAACAGUGUCAUCAUGUCCUUCAACAUCAUGCCACAAAACUUAAAGGCAAAAGACAAUAAAUUUCCGCUAAACUUCAAGGUUUUCAAGGUAAGGCAGCCUUUCCAGUCCUUUUGGAAGAGCUUGCCACCCACCUUCUUUUCUCAGUUCAGAAAUGCCGUCAAGGGCAUAGUUUCUAAAACCAAGUGUAACCUCACAAAGUACUUUAGUCUGAGCCCUGGGACCUACGUGGUGGUCAUCUCCGCAUACAGAGAAGUUGAGUUUUUGCUCCGGAUCUUCCUGAAAAUGCCAGAUGGUGACAGGAACCUGAGCAGCAAUUUCAGCCUUACAACACUAGAGGCAAGUCUUCUGGAAAAUGACUCCCAAGAAAGCAUCUUCCACAAAUAUGCUCACCAGGGGCUGGACAUUGAUGCCACUCAGCUUCAGAGCCUUCUCAACCAAGAGCUCCUGAGAGGAACGCCAGGGGACAUGUUCUCUCUGGAUGAGUGCCGGAGCAUCGUGGCCCUGAUGGAUCUGAAAGCAAAUGGGAGGCUUGAGCAAGAGGAGUUUUCAAGGCUGUGGAGCCGUCUUGCCCAGUGCCAGAGUGUUUUCCAGAACAUCCAGAAGUGCUCUGGGGUUUUCCUGAGUUUGGAUUUGUGGAAGGCUAUAAAGGAUACAGACUUCCUUGCAGGAACCUCCAUUAGCAAUGAGCUGCUGGAUCUCAUGACCCUCCGGUACAGUGACCACAGUGGCAGGGUCAGCUUCCCCAGCCUGGUCUGCUUCCUGUUGCGACUUGAAGCCAUGGCAAAGACUUUCCAGAACCUCUCCAAUGAUGGAAAAGGACUCUACCUGACAAAAAUGGAGUGGAUGAACCUGGUCAUGUACAACUGA